AUGACUACGGGUAUUCUCUUCCUCGGCUUAACAGCUUUGGUCUACUUCAAGCCAGAGUAUACCAUAUAUAAUUCACGAGUUGCGACCAUCGCUAUUCUGCUCACCGUACAUACUUUAUGGAAGAUCAUAUAUCAACUUGAUCUUUAUCCUCGGUUCUUCACACCCUUGAAACACAUCCAAACACCAUCGCGGCGACGCUGGCUUACUGGAAAUACCGAGAGCCUCUUUAACGAAACCCCACAUCAAAAAAUAAGACAAUGGGUGAAGAGUUGCCCCAAUGAAGGCCUCUUCCGCUAUUACAUGGUUGGCAACUUGGAGAGGGUGGUUUUGACAAGCCCCAAUGCUUUGAGAGAGGUUUUGGUAGAAAAGGCCUAUGAUUUUGCCAAGCCAGAGCUGGUACGAACGUCUAUGCGUCGUAUUGUUGGCGAUGGCAUUCUUAUUGCAGAAGGCGACGAUCACAAAAAACAACGAAAAGAUCUUAUGCCGGCAUUCUCAUAUCGUCACAUUAAGGAUCUCUAUCCAAUAUUCUGGUCCAAGAGCUCAGAGAUGGUUAAGCUGAUUAAAGAAGACCUGGCAGACAGGCAGUCCAGCAAUACCAUUGACAAUGUCGUUCAGGUUAAUAACUGGUCAAGUCGUGCUACACUUGAUAUCAUCGGACUGGCAGGCAUGGGUCAAGACUUUGAUUCAUUACAAAACCCAAACAACCGUCUUAACCAGUCAUACAGGCAGAUAAUUACCAGUGCCAGCUUCACUGACAAACUCAUUUUCAUGAUUGGAUUGGUGCUCAGUAUUCCAGGGCUCGUUUUUAAGCUCCCCUUAAAGCGCAACAUACAAAUCAAAAAAGGCGGAGAGUUCAUCCGUGAGACAGCUCGACAAAUGAUCCGCAAAAAGAAAGCCAACAUGGACUCAAAGGACGAUACCGGAGUCGACAUCAUGUCCAUCGCAAUUCAAAAUGGCAGCUUCGAAGAGGAGAACCUAGUAGCCCAACUCAUGACCCUUCUGGCUGCAGGUCACGAAACUACAUCCAACGCCCUACAAUGGUCCGUAUACGCGCUGUGCAAGAAUCCCAAGGUGCAAAGCCGCUUGCGAGUGGAGAUCCGCUCAAACCUCCCUCCAAUCUCCCUUGAAAACCCCGAGCCCAUCGCUGCCGCUACAAUUGAUAGUCUUCCCUACCUGAACGCAGUCUGCAACGAGGUUCUUCGCUUCUAUCCAUCCGUCCCAAACAGCAUCCGCGUCGCGCUCAAAGACACAACGCUAGUGGGCAAGUUUAUCCCGAAGGAUACCGCUUUCAUUAUCUCAAUGGAUCUGAUGAACCACAUGGAAGAGCUUUGGGGGCCAGAUGCAGACGAGUUUAAUCCAGACCGCUUUAUGGGACCCGGUAAGGCUAAUACUGGGGGCGCAACGAACAACUAUGCCUUCAUGAGUUUCCUUCACGGCCCGCGCAGUUGUAUCGGGCAGAGUUUUGCUAAGGCGGAGCUUGCCUGCUUGCUUGCUGCUGUUGUUGGUAGCUUUGAGCUCGAGCUGAAAGAUCCUCAUGCUCCGCUACUGCUGCGUGAGGGUGGUGCUACUGUUUCUCCGAGGGAUGGCGUUCUGGCUAAAUUCACCAAGCUGGAUGGAUGGUGA